AUGUGCACAAAAUGCAACGAUGGACUCAAUUUGUACAACAAUGGAAUAACUCAAACAUGUUCUCAAGAUUGUGACAUUACAAAGUGUGUUAAAUGUGAUAUUAAUGGAAUGUGUGAAAUGUGUGAAGAGCCAUACACUCUUGACAAAACAACCAAUAAAUGCAAACUGUGCUUUGAUGAACACCAAAACAGUGGCAAAUGCUCAACAACAGAAAAUUUGAUUGAAUUGUGCGACAAUUCAACAACUUGUAUAUUGUGUUCCACUGGAUUUGUGUUGGAUGUAAACAACAAAUGUGUUGCAAAAACAACUUCGAUGAGCAUUAAAAGAGCAACAAACUGCGAAUCCAAUCGACAGAUAUUGGAUACUGAAGGAAAUUGUGUUGACAUUUUAGCAGAUGAGUUCAAAGUGUCGGAAAGUUUCAGUAUGAAGUGUUCUAAUUUGUUUUAUGGGUGUUAUUCAUGUGACUACAAACAACUCAAUUCAAGAAUUGACAUUGACAAUUUGGAGUGCUCUGCUUGCCAAAAUGGCAUGGCGUUUGAGUCUCGAGAAACCAAGAAAUGUGUGACAACAACAAAUUUGAUAGAUAAUGAGGGAUAUAAAAUCGAGUGUACUACGGGAUGUUCGACUUGUACGAAUGGAACAAAUUGCCAAUACACAAACUUGUUUGAGCACACCGCUCGUUUAGAUGCAAAACUAUCAUAUGAGAACCACAAAUACUGUCAGAAGUACCAAGAAGGGUUUGGAUGUAUAGAAUGUUCCAACUCAAUCAACUUGAAUAGUAAUUGUGCCGACAUGGAACGAACACAAAAAUGUUCUUUUUAUUUGGAAAGUGGCAACACUUAUAAAUGUGAAGGAUACAUCGAGUCUUCACAGACCAAAACAUAUGUAACAUUAAAAAGUGAAGAUGUUGGAUGUGAGGCGUUAUCGAAAGGACUGUGUAUAAAAUGUUACUCAAAAUACUUUUUAAAUAAAGUAUAUCCACCACAAUGUGAGUCGUGUGGUGAUAAUUGUCUGACUUGCACAACACCUACUUUGUGUCAGGUAUGUUCAAAUGGAUUUACUCUUGUUAAUGGAAGUUGUGUUUCACUUUCAAAUUGUUUGGUGUCAACGCCAAGUGGAUGUACUGCGUGUAAUAAUAGUUAUUAUCUUCUUCUUGGGUCGUGCAAAAUGUUAAGUGAAAUUCACUGCAAAUCCGUUGUUAUCACAGCAAACAAUGAGGUACAGUGUUCAUUAUGUGAAAAUGAAUACAUUUUGAGUGACACACAAUGUAAUGAUAUGUCUACCGGGCAUUGCCAAAGUGUCGACUUAUCAACUUCAAAAUGUGCAAUUUGUGAAGAGAAGUACAAAUUUGAUGAAACCAAAAAAUGUGUAUCAAUGGAAACGACUCUAUGCUCAUAUUCAUCAUCGGGCGAUUGCCUUCAAUGUGAUUCACAAAUCUCACUUGGAACGUCCAAUGAAGGUGAAUCAAUUUGUAACACUGAAAUAAAGACAAUUUAUUGCAAAGAAAAUAGCAACACGGGGUGUGCCAAGUGCUCUGAUGGGUAUUAUCUGAGUGGUACUGAAUGUCUUCCAUGUGACAAGAAGUGCUCAAGUUGUUUUAAAAACGCAGAGAGUUGUUUUACUUGUGCUUUUGGGUAUUAUUUUGACACGACAAACAACGACUGUAUUUAUGUUGGUGAACUUGCUGAAAAAUGCAAAUUGUUCUUACCAAGUGGUGUCGAUUGUGCUGCAUGCAACGAGGGCUAUAUCCUCAUCAAUACAGAUUGUGUAAAAUGUGACGAAAAGUGUCUGAGUUGUGUUGGAAACAUUUCGAAUUGUGUGAAGUGCAAUGUAAAAGGUGGGUAUUUCGAAGAUGUCGAAUUUACAACAAUAGAAGAUAAGAAAUGUGUCACAAUAACAACACUUGAAAAUUGUGAAUGGGUUUCAGAAUAUGGGUAUGCUGUGUGUUACAAUGGGUAUUAUCAAAACAAAUAUUACAAAUGCACAAAAUGCAAUGACUUAUGUGCGACAUGUUCAAACAAUAACACAUGUUCGACAUGUGUAGAUCAAUACGUUUUGAUAUCCAAAACGUCGCAAUGUGUCAAAUGGAAUUUAAUUGUAAAUUGUAAAUCAUAUGAUUUAAAAACCCACCAAUGCAGUGAAUGUGGUGGCAGCAACAAAGUUGGACCAAAUGGAGACGAGUGUGUUCACAAGACAAAUGUACUUGCAAUUAUACUUCCAAUCAUCUUUGGUAUUUUAAUAGUUGUUAUUAUCAUCAUAACAAUAAGUUUUAUACUUUUCUACAUUCAUUACAGGAAAGAAGAGAAGUUGAGGAAGUCACUUGUGAAUGAAUUUCUGUUAAAGGAUUUGAAAAAGAAAGGGGUUGAGAUGGUAUAUCUUGGUACUCAAAAAGAACGCAUUUUGUGUUCAACACAAGAAAUACGUUUUGAAGGAGAAAUUGUAGUUCAAAAAGACAGUGACUGUAAAUUCAUGAUUGGCAACGACAGAGCGUCUUUAUUGAAAAUUCAAUUCACAACACAAAAUGACGAAGAAAAGUUUGAGUUGAAUGUUGAACCUUCCACUCCAGUAAGUAUCAAGAAAGGUCGUGCUGUUGAAUUUACUGUUACUGUUCAUCCACUGUGUACACUUGAGAAGACUGUUGACAUCACUUGUUCAGUCUUAAACAUCAACAAAGGCAAAAUUUCAGAGAUUAAAAUUCCCGUCAAAUUUGCGUCAGAAAUGUCGACAGCACUUGACCCGGACGAGUUGAAGAAAAAGCGAAAACUUGGAGAAGGAAGUUUUGGGAUUGUGUACAAAGGAGCAUAUCGAGGAAAUGUUGUUGCCAUCAAAGAGAUGAAGGAAAUGGUUGUCGCAAAAUUAGGAGCAAAAGGGUUUACAAAGAAUUCGACUGUUGAAAGUUCAAGUCGUAAUUUGGCAAAGAACACAACAAAAAGUACGACGAAAAAUAACACGACUAACAACUCUUCGAUGACGACAAGAGACAAAACAGCUGCUGAGAAACAGAUGGAUAAGAAGAUGGACGAAUUCAGAAAGGAAGUUGCGAUGUUGGCCAAAUUUGUGAGUCCAUAUGUCAUAAGAUUCUAUGGAGCGUGUUUCAUACCAAAUCGGAUAUGUAUGGUCACUGAAUUGGCUAAAUAUGGCAGUCUGCAAGACCUGAUGAAACAUAAAAUGUCUGACGAAGUUAUCAUGAAAAUGCGAAUCAAACUGAUGUUGGACACGGCCAAAGGAAUUCAGUAUUUACACGCAAAUAACACUCUUCACAGAGACAUCAAGUCAGACAACACACUUGUAACUUCACUUGAUUUUAACGACGAAGUCAAUGGGAAAUUGACUGAUUUUGGAGCGUCAAGAAAUGUCGACAGUCUGUGUGAUAACAUGAUGUACACGAAAUGUAUUGGUACACCAAAGUACAUGGCGCCUGAAAUCACAAAUGUCGAAAAGUAUACACUCUCAGCAGAUGUGUAUUCGUUUGCUAUCACUGUUUUGGAAUGUUUGACGUGGAAAGACCCGUUUGAUGAAAAGCUGUUUCCAUACAGUUGGGAUAUCACCAAUUUGAUUUCCAAAGGAGAACGACCGGCAAUUGAAUUGGGAGAUGGAAAACAGAAAGCUUUAAUUGAAGAAAUGUGGAAGCAAGAUCCCAGAGAGAGACCUGAUAUGGAUAUUGUAGUGGGGAGACUUGAAAAUAUAUACCAAGCUGAUAAUUAA